AUGCAACAACUACUCGCCGAUAUAGUUUUAUGUUUGCAUUUUGUAGAACAACGUCCGUGGUCUGAAUGGGGUCGUACUAAUGAAUCUUGUGUACAACAUACAGGGCAUGAUAAUGAACAAGUACAAGAGUCAUAUUUGAUGUGUGAACAACCACUUAUAGAUUACUGCUACCAUCGAAUCAAGGAACAUUCAAAUAGUGUCAGUAAACCAUCUUUAUCUCCUAUGAAUUUGCUUGUGGUUACGUUAUGGUACUUAAUGCAUUAUCAUGCUGAACGUGAUAUGGCUACCGAAUUCGAUCUGAGUUCAUCAACGGUGUAUCAUGUUUUAUCAAAGGUUGUCGAUAUAUUACAUUCAUGUGUAUAUCCAGCACUGGUUUUCUUACCAUCCGAUAUAGCUAAUAGAAACGCAAUACAUGAACCUGAGGAGCAUCAUAAAUUAAUAGUUGAUUCAACUGCCACUGCCAUUCCGUAA